CAGGGUGCUGGCUGCUGGGCCCCAGGUCCCAGCGCCGGGCCCGCUCACGGCCGCGUGGGAAGAGCGGGGCUCGACGGCGCGGCCGCCGGGCGGCCAUGGCCACGCACGGGAAGCUGCGCCGGGAGCGAGGGCCGCAGGCCGAGUAUGAGGCGCAAGUCAAAGAGAUGCGCUGGCAGCUGGGCGAGCAGCUGCGCUGCCUGGAGCUGCAGGGCGAGCUGCGGCGGGAGCUGCUGCAGGAGCUGGCCGAGUUCAUGCGGCGGCGCGCCGAGGUGGAGCUGGAGUACUCCCGCGGCCUGGACAGGCUGGCCGAGCGCUUCUCAGGCCGCGCAGGCCGCCUCGGGGGCAGCGGCCGGGAGCACCAAAGCUUCCGGAAGGAGCCGUCCCUCCUGUCGCUGCACUGCUGGGCUGUGCUGCUGCAGCAGACGCGCCAGCAGAGCCGAGAGAGCGCGACCCUCAGCGAGGUGCUGGGUGGGCCCAUCGCCCAGCGCCUGAGUCACAUCGCGGAGGACGUCGGGCGCAUAGUUAAGAAGAGUAAGGACCUGGAGCAGCAGCUGCAGGAGGAGCUCCUGGAAGUGGUGUCAGAGCUUCAGACGGCCAGGAAGACGUACCAGGUUUACCACACGGAGAGCGUGAAUGCCGAGGCCAAGCUCCGGGAAGCCGAGCGGCAGGAGGAGAAGCGGUCGGGCCGGAGCACCGCCACCGCCGCUGCCGCCGCCGCUGCCGCCACUGCUGCCUCUGCGGCCACCAGCCCCGAGGCAGGGCCCCUCCGCAAGAGCUCCGUCAAGAAGGGAGGGCGGCUAGUGGAGAAGCGUCACGCCAAGUUCUUGGAGCACAAACUCAAGUGCACAAAGGCUCGCAACGAGUACCUGCUCACCCUGGCCAGUGUCAACGCUGCCGUCCGCAACUACUACCUGCGGGAUGUCCUGGAUCUCAUGGACUGCUGUGACACAGGAUUCCACCUGGCCCUAGGGCAGGUGCUCCGGAGCUACGCGGCGGCCGAGAGGUGCACUCAGGCCUCCCAGAUGCAGGCCCUGGGCAGCCUGGAAGAGGCAGUGGAGGCCCUGGAUCCUCCAGGGGACAAGGCCAAGGUGCUGGAGGUGCACGCAGUUGCCUUCUGUCCCCCGCUGCGUUUUGACUACCAGCCCCACGAGGGGGAUGAGGUGGCUGAGAUCCGGGUUGAGAUGGAGCUGCGGGAUGAAAUUCUGCCCAGAGCUCAGAAUAUCCAGAGCCGCCUGGACCGACAGACCAUUGAGACAGAGGAGGUGAACAAGACGCUGAAGGCCACCCUGCAGGCCCUGCUGGAGGUGGUGGCAUCGGAAGACGGGGACAUGCUCGACUCCUUCCAGGCCAGUCCCUCCACCGAGUCCCUCAAGUCCACCAGCUCGGACCCCGGUGCGCGGCAGGCCGGCCGGAGGCGGGGCCAGCAGCAGGACACGGAGACCUUCUAUGUCACGAAACUGCAAGAGUACCUGAGUGGCCGGAGCAUCCUCGCCAAACUGCAGGCCAAGCACGAGAAGCUGCAGGAGGCCAUUCAGCGAGGUGACAAGGAGGAGCAGGAGGUGUCUCGGACCCAGUACACACAGAGAAAGUUCCAGAAGAGCCGUCCUCCUCGGCCCAGCUCCCAGUAUAACCAGAAACUCUUUGGCGGAGACAUGGAGAAGUUUAUCCAGAGCUCAGGCCAGCCUGUGCCCCUGGUCGUGGAGAGCUGCAUCCGCUUCAUUAACCUCAACGGCCUGCAGCACGAAGGCAUCUUCCGAGUGUCGGGCGCCCAGCCCCGGGUCUCCGAGAUCCGCGACGCUUUUGAAAGAGGAGAGGACCCACUGGAGGAGGGCUGCACGGCGCAUGACCUGGACUCGGUGGCAGGGGUGCUGAAGCUCUACUUCCGGAGCCUGCAGCCCCCGAUAUUCCCCCCAGACCUGUUUGGAGAGCUGCUGGCUCCUGCAGAGCUGGAGGCCCCGGCAGAGCGCGUGGAGCAGGUGAGCAGCCUCCUGGCCCGGCUGCCUGGACCGGUGCUGGUGGUCCUGCGCUACCUCUUCACCUUCCUCAACCACCUGGCCCAGUACAGCGACGAGAACAUGAUGGACCCCUACAACCUGGCCGUGUGCUUCGGGCCGACGCUGCUGCCCGUGCCUGCCGGGCAGGACCCGGUGGCCCUGCAGGCCCGGGUGAAUCAGCUGGUGCAGACGCUCAUCGUGCAGCCCGCACGGGUUUUCCCGCCCCUGUCCCUGCUGCCCGGGCCUGUCUAUGAGAAGUGCAUGGCGCCGCCCUCUGCCAGCUGCCUCGGGGAUGCCCAGCUGGAGGGCGCAGCCGGGGAGAACGAGCCGGAGCUGGAAGCUGGGACCCUGGCCCAGGAGGAUGACCUGGAGGGCGUUGUGGAGGCCGUGGCCUGCUUUGCUUACACGGGCCGCACGGCCCAGGAGCUGACCUUCCAGCGCGGGGAUGUGCUGCGGCUGCACGAGCGGGCUUCAGGCGACUGGUGGCGGGGCGAGCUCGCCGGGGCCCGGGGCCUCAUCCCGCACAAGUACAUCACGUUGCCUGGGGGGGCAGAGAAGCCUGCCGCGGGCCAGGGGCUGCCGGCUGCCGGGGAGCUGGCAAGCGGUCCAGAGGGUCUCCUGGCCCUGGACUUCAUCCAGAGGCCAGAGCCAUGCACCCCACUCGGGGGCCCCUCUGGGCACAGACGGCACUGCUUGGUCCCAACGUCCCCAGAGCGACACGUGGAAAUGGAUAAGGCCGUGGCGCAGACCAUGGACUCUGUGUUUAAGGAGCUCUUGGGGAAGACUGCCAGCCGGCAGGGCCUCGGGCCAGCGCCCACCAACUCCCCUGGCCCUGGGCCCCGCAGCCCGAAGCCCGCAGCCUGCAGCCGCCUGGGCAAGAACAAAGGCUUCUCGCGUGGCCCUGGGACCCCAGCCUCACCUUCGACAGCCCAUCCCCAGGGCCUGGACUCCCUCCUCAAGCCACAUUGAGGUGUGGCCAGCCUCCCUGCCCCAGGCGGCCGCCAGCGAGACUGGCCAUGCGCCCCAGGCCCUUUGCUUCUCCUUGGUCCCGUCGGGCACGCCUGCUCACGACCCUUUGCAGAGAGGAGGACGCAGCUGCCCUACCACCCCCCCCCCCUCCUCCGCCCUGACUGAGGCCCCCCUGGGAGGCAGCCGAGGAGGGAGGCUGGGAACGGGUCCUUCCCGAGCUUGGCUGUGACGGUUCGUCAGCCGAGGGCACCUGCCCAGUGGGGGGCGGUGGGCGUUGGUGACCAUUCAUAAAAUCCUGCGCAUUACUCCCCA